UGAUAGCGGCCAGUUGAGCGGACUUCACGCUGUUCUCGCUUAGCAGAGAGAAUUACAGCUGGAACCAGAAAGUUCUCCAGAGUCCAGUUCUGUGGACGGAGCAGAGGUGGACUGACACAGUGAACCACCGGAUGUGGAUUUAAAAGCGGAAAUGGAGGCAAGAAGAGAAGGUUUACCUCCAGAUGUCCAGAAGGUAAUAGUUGGUGAUGAAGAGGAGCAGGAGGGAGUAUUCAUCAAAGAGGAACAGGAGGAGGUCGACAUCAUCAAGUUCACAUUCAGUCCUGUUGCUGUAAAAAGUGAAGAGGAUGAAGAGAAACCUGAGUCCUCUAAGCUUCAUCACACCCUGACUGAGAAGCGCAGAGACUCUGUGGGAGGAGAGGAUGCUGGCAGACCAGCACCAGAUCCAGGUUUAGAUCCUGAGGACAAGGACAUGGAGACGGAGGUCCAUGAAGGAGAUCUGGAGGAGAGCAGUGAACCUUCAAGCUCGGAAGAAAGCAAAGUGCUCGCAGGUGAUAUGAAAUGUGUCUCGGGCGAAGAAGCGCUCAUCUGUACCGAAUGUGGGAAAUCGUUUAAGCGCAUGGCACACCUGUUAAGGCAUAAACGGAGCCACACAGGAGAGAAACCGUUCGGUUGUCCGAAGUGCGACAAAAGAUUCGUUCAGAGCGGAAGUCUUAAAAAACACCUUUGGACUCACACGGGCCAGAAACCGUUCAGCUGCUCCGAGUGCGGCCGAUGCUUCAUGGAGAAGGCGGCGCUGACGAACCACAUGACGCUUCACACGGGAGAGAAACCGUUCAGCUGCUCCGAGUGCAGCAAGCCCUUCAGCUGCCGCUCGGCCCUGAACGCUCACAUGAAAAUUCACAGUGGGGAGAAGAACUUCAGCUGCAGUACUUGUCUCAAGACGUUCACCUGGAAUUAUCAGCUGAACAGACACAAGUGUAUCAGUCCGAAACCAGCCCGAAACCGAGUGCUAAUGCCUCGGCCUCACAAUGACAAAGUAGUUGUGUUUGUACACUUCACCUAGUGAUUUCAGCGGCUGAGUUAUGAAGUUUAUUUCAAACAUAAUCAUGAUUUCAUGUUUCUUUGAUGAAUUAAAUGCUCAGAGCGUUUUCAUUGGUCAACGACUAACUUCAGACAGGAAGAAACUUUUUUUCUUUUUUUUUUACUUGAGUGUCUUUUCAGUGUGUGUUCUUUAAAAAUGCUCAGAUUCACGUUUAGUUCUGGAUUUCUUUUUGGGGGGUUUGUUGGAGGCAAAUUUAUGAAGUUCAGAAGUAAUGAAAACAUCUUGAUGUCAUUAGCAUCAUCGCUCACUCUCAUCAGCUAUGGAGGACCACAAGAGCCACGUGUAUCGAAACAUUACUAAAGUAAUUUAUUAUUUUAUCAUUUAAAAUAAAAACACUAUUUUUAAAUCAAUAUUUCAAAAUGAAUUAUCAAUCCAUUAAUAAAUACUUCAUAU